AUGAACAAACGAAGGCAGAGCCUUGUUGGGCGGGCGAAAGAUCCGAUAUCAUUUGGUCUCCGCUUGAAGUUCAUCGAUCUCCCACUGAGCCACGCAGCAGACGAUGAGGCCGAUUCCGCUCAGCCCGAAACGGUUCCGUGGCCAUGCCUCGCAUUCACCAGCAUUCACGAACUCCUGGGAAUAUUGUCUGUAGAAAACGAUGGCGACUACAUUUCUUGCACUCGCCGACAGCACCGGCUGACGGUCGAGCUUUUGCGGCAUAUAUACGAACGUGGGGGCAGCUAUACCGACCCCGUUUAUUUUUUAUUCGGCUCGCGAACGCCUGGAGGCAACCGACUCUUCUUUGCAGACGUGAACAAUUGUUGCUUUCGUGGGCGACGUUUGGUAGCCAAUGACUACCGAUCACACAUUACAACGGCGGUGGAUUGUAUGGAGCAAGAAGCAGCAUUUCUGGACGCCUUAAACGAAACGGCUCCAAUUUUGACAAACCUCUUGGCAGAAGAAGCCCUACGCCAAGACUAUUUACCAGGGCCAGGCGAACACGCGCCCGCAGCCUGA